AUGGUUUACACUAUGGAAAUCUAUAUCGACAGUGGCUGUCGAAACCUCGGAACAACCAGAGCGAUAGGCUCAGCCGCCGCUAUUCUCACGAACAAAGGUGAAAGAUCGAACAAGUGGACAACAGACCUACGCCGCGGGCCUCGAUCCCCCCCACCGACAAUCCAGCGGGCCGAACUCACGUCCGUCAUCCUUGCGAUAGAUAUUGCUACGAUUCGGUUUCAAGAGCUAGACACAAAGCCAUACUUAGAUGUCAAAAUUUAUUCCAAUUCCGAAUAUGCUAUCGAUUGCAUGACGAACCGAAUUCAUCAGUGCAACAGAAACGGGUGGAUGGACGAUGCAGGUGACGAGGUUGAGAAUCGCGAUCUCAUGGAGAAGGUUUUGGACCUCGAAGAUUUAUUGAGGGAUAAGGGUGAUGUAUCCUAUUUCCUGAUUCCGUGGGAGGAAAACCAGGAGGCAACUCAAUUCUGUAAUAGAGCUCUGGAUGAUCAAUCUAGGGAACUGGGACCGGAAAAGUACGAGCCGGUAGCUUGA